AUGGACAAGUUCACCCUUCACGAGGAGCCCAUCUCAGGUAAUUGCUACAAGGUCCGCUUGACUGCGGCGUUGCUGGGAGUUCCGCUUAACCGUCGCAUCUACUCGAUACUCCACGGUGAAACGAGAACAGCAGAGUUCCUGCAGACCGUCUCUUCCUUUGGCAGGGUGCCCGUCCUCCAGAUCGGUGACUCCACGUUUCUGCCCGAAAGCAAUGCGGCCUGCUUCUAUCUCGCCGACACGGCGGCCGCGGCAGCUUCCUUGUCCCCAAAAAGGCCACCUCUCAUCCCUUGGGACCCGCUACAGCGUGCUGAAAUGCUGCGCUGGAUGUUUUUCGAACAGAAUCAACACGAAGUCAACAUCGCAACUCUCCGGUUUUGGGUGCUUGCCAUUGGUCGGCAGAACCUGGAUGAAUCCCGCCUGGCACAAAUUGAGGGCAAGAUCUCGGCGGGGGAGCAGGCGUUGGAUUGUAUGGAGGAUCACCUUGCAAAGAACGAAUAUGGAUGGUUCGUCGGUGACUCCAUUACCCUGGCCGAUAUCUGCCUCUUUGCGUACACUCAUAUUGCUGGCGAUGCUGGGUUCAAUCUCUCGAGAUGGCCAUCAAUCCUCAAGUGGUGCGAGCAAGUCAAGCAGGUGCAAGGAUACAUUCCUAUGAAUUGA